GGUUGUGUUCCACUUCCGGGUCGCGCCCAUCGCCGUCCGGCCGCCGCCCGCGCUGAGCCGCGACCGCAGCGUCGGGCCCCCGAGCCGCCGCCAUGAGGCUCUACAGCCUAAGUGUCCUUUACAAGGGUGACCCCAAAGUGCACUUGCUCAAAGCUGCCUACGACGUGUCCACCUUCAACUUCUUCCAGAGGGCCAGCGUGCAGGAGUUCAUGACCUUCACGAGCCAGCUGAUCGCGGAGCGCUCGGCGCUGGGCAGCAGGGCCUCUGUCAAGGAGCAAGAGUACCUGUGCCACGUGUACGUGCGGAGCGACGGGCUGGCCGGAGUGGUGAUUGCAGACAAUGAGUAUCCCCAGAGGGUUUGUUUUACCUUGCUGGACAAGGUGCUGGAGGAGUUCUCCAGGCAGGUCAGCAAGAUGGACUGGCCCUCAGGGUCACCUGCCACCAUCGGCUACUCUGCCUUGGAUGGAUACCUCAGCAAAUACCAGAACCCCCGAGAUGCUGACCCCAUGACCCGAGUGCAGGCGGAGCUGGACGAGACCAAAAUCAUCCUGCACAACACCAUGGAGUCACUGCUGGAGCGUGGGGAGAAGCUGGACGACCUGGUCUCCAAGUCGGAGGUGCUGGGGGCACAGUCCAAAGCCUUCUACAAAACGGCCCGAAAGCAGAAUUCCUGCUGUGAAAUCAUGUGACGUGCAGCCCGGGCUCUCCACAUCCGGACCAGCAGCCCUGCACCCCCCUCCACAGCCCCCCCAGGGCUGUUCCUGGGGCUGGGCCGGGGGUCCCCAGCGCCCUGGGCUGAUGUGACUGUUGUCCACCUUGAGGGGACACCAAGGCUGGCACCGGGCCGGCGCCCGGGGGGGUCACACCGAGACCCCCCACCCUCGCUGUUCUGGGGCAGCUGGGACCAGGGGGCACCCGGCCACGCACUGCCCUGCCUCCACAGCCCCCCGGGCCUGGAGGAGCCCCCCAGUGCUGGCCGGGGGGCUGGGGGGGCAGGCAGAGCCCCUGCUGCCAGCCCAGGCAGCUUUUAUGUAUUUGUGUCCUGUGGGU